CUUUCUUAGACGGCAUCCGCUCGCAAGCUUGUCCCAGUCUCGCUAUCUUAGUAUCAUUGCUUUCUCAUCGCGAACUUAUCUCUUGGACAUUUAUUUUUUGGUUUGUUCUCGUCUGGCUUUCAACAUAUCCCGAAUCAACUUUUAACUUUUUGUUCUCAAGUGUCUGAUUUCCCUAACAUGGACUCUGAGGAACCAUUGUUAGAUUUAUCAGACGUAGUACACGACGAGACAAUUGACGACCACGAAGGAGAGCUGCCUUCCGACAGUCCCACACCUGACACGCGUUUUAACGAUCCUGAACAUGAUCUCAUUCACUCCACUUCAUCGAAUCAUUUCCCAGAAGCAGCUGUGUCACGUCUCAAAACCUCCAGUUCAGUUUCCUUCUCUUCAGUAGAACUCCUCGAGCACGAGAUAGCCAAUAUCAUCAAUCAGAACAUCUCACCUGACGCUGUGCCUGCUGCAGUGCUGUCAUUCGCUGUUCAACAACGGCAAGGAGUCCAAGAUGCCACGGAUAGUACAGAAGUAGACGGCUCAACCGGAGGGGUAGAAAGUCUAGGAAGUUAUCUGAACAGUAUUGCUGCGGUCCUUCAGGCUGCUCAGAACUCCACCGCAGGUGGACGCGAAGCUGCAUUGGUGCUCAUGCAGUCGACAGACAAGGAAGACAACAUCACAGAGAUAACUACUCGCAAAGUCCCCGCCUUUCAUUCUCUAAACGCAUCAGAAAAGACGCAAGAGCCGCCGCGGAAGAAGAGACGCCGUAAUAAUUCUGAGCGGGAUGACAAUCCUGGCUAUCUCUCGUCUGAAGGCAGUCGCGACACUCAUGAAAGUCAUGAAUCCCAGUCAAUCUCAGUACCUCCUCGCGCCAUUGGUUUACCACCAACGGCCUCAACCCCUACCGAAUUUACGGACAUCAGCGAUUUUCUUACCCAAUUAUCUGCACAGUUUGGGAAUCGCGGCGCCUCGUCAGUGGUGUCUACUCGAAAUGCCAACGAGGACUCGAAUGGUCCCAACAAUAAAUCACCCGUUCUAGUCCCUUCGAAUCGCGCAAGCGCACCUAACACACCUUCAACGUCUUCUGCCCCUUCUGUUCCCCCCCGCAAGAAAGGCAAAAGAACACGAGACAAGGAGAAAGUAAUUACCACCACCUCCCAUCCCUGCGAAGAGAGCGAAUGUGGGAAAUCAUUCACUCGUCGCAGCGACCUUGUCCGACAUAUGCGAAUACAUACCGGAGAACGGCCGUUUGUAUGCAGCCAUGUCGGGUGUGGUAAAACCUUCAUUCAGAGGUCAGCCUUGCAUGUUCAUGCGAGGGUACACACUGGCGAAAAGCCCUAUUGCUGCGAAUAUCCUGGUUGCGGUAAAACAUUUGGUGACUCGAGUAGUCUUGCACGGCACCGCCGUACACACACCGGCAAGAGACCAUAUAAAUGCGAGGAUCCACGCUGCGAAAAGACGUUCACGCGGCGAACGAGUUUGACACAGCAUAUGCACACCCACGACCCGAACUGGGAACCAGAUCCCAAUUUGAAAUACAGCUUCAAGGGAAAGAAGAGGCGGUCCGAUGAAGACGAAGAUCCCUUGGCGGAGUCCAUACUUUCUACUCUAUUCAAUCCUCCUUCAGCUCCUGAUCUUCCUUCACAAGAGGAACCCUUGGAAGUGCGUGUCGCUAGUAUCAGUGCUGAACUUGCUGCCGCUAUCGCUCAGGCUCAAAGACGGGUAUACGAUAAAGACGAUGACGAAGAGGAAGAGGAAGAGGAAGACAGCGAGGAGUCGGAAUAUGAGCGAGAGAUUGCGGGCCGCGAUACUAUCGGUCCGAAUAUCAGCGGUAUUAGGGGGUUGGUUGCGGAUGGGGAUGGACCAAUCCCUACCUCAAAGACACUCGAUGCCAAUUAGCUUUCCACUGCAUUUGUACUUCAAAUAAUACAACAUAGCUGGAGUUGGCGACUACGACGGCUUGUUGCAAUAAAUUGUUCUGCAUAAAUUACCUCGACACACUGGCCGUAGCAGAACCCUGGGC